UUCAGGUCCGCUGCAGGAAUUUUCAAUAUUAAUAAUUCAUUUGAAUUUUAUGUGAAUGUGGUUGUUGGAUUGUUGCGGCAAUGGACUCCUAAUAUUUGUCACACUGCAAAUCACAAAUAUUGUUCAAGCAACAAAUAUACCGUCACAAGUAAUUGAACUGAACGAUAAAUUCCUUCAAGUCAAGGACGAUGGCCUUUGGUUUGUUAACUUUUAUGCUCCGUGGUGUGCUCACUGCAAGCGUUUGGCUCCAGUUUGGGAGCACGUUGGCCAUGCAUUAGCCGAUCGUCAAUCCCUUGUUCGGGUUGCUAAAUUGGAUUGCACUCGUUACACGAAUACUGCAUCGGCUUUGAAUAUUCGAGGAUAUCCGACGAUUAUUUUUUUUCGGAAUGGGAAAGAAAUAGCUUAUGAAGGCGAACGAAAAAAGGAAACAAUCAUUGACUUUGCAGAAAAAGCAGCUGGUCCCAUGAUGGGUAUCAUUGACAAUGUUCAGCAGUUAUCGCAGAUGCGAAAAAAUCUGAAAGAACCAUUUUUUGUGUAUGUGAGAGGAAACCAGGAUGCACAGUUUGUUGAAUUAUUUAAUAACUACAGCAGUAUUGCCGAAAUGUUAUUUUCGUCGACACGAUUUUAUCGGGCGAAGAGAGAUGUGUUUCCAAAAGCCGUUUCAAUCCCUGAAAUUCCAUCAGUUCUCGUUUUCAAAGAUGGCGAAUAUUUAACCUAUAAGAGAAAAAGAGGGACUUUAAGUGACUGGAUUCGCAGCGAACGUUGGUCUUUAAUACCGCUUGUUGCUUCAACAAAUGUUAAGGAAGUUGGAAGGAUGCGGAUGCUAGUUUUGGCCAUCGUAAAUAUGGUUGAGAGGAGGAAUGGUACAACGCAAGUAGGGAAAUUUUUUUCGAUGGUCACUAACGCAGCCCAAAUGGUACGUAAAGAUUCCUAUCUUUCAAAUAUUUUCCAGUUUGGUUGGUCUGAUGGUAAUGAAAUAGCAAAUAAUGUCGUUUUGGGUAAUGUAAAUCCACCAGGUUUACUGGUUUUCAACGUUACGAGUUAUGAAUAUUAUUCAAGCAGUGAUGCUGUGAGUGUUAUGACUGAAAAAAGUAUUAUUUCAUUCUUGGAACGGAUAGCAGCAGGUGAUGUGCCACCUCUUGGAGGACGUUCGUUAUCGCAGCGAAUUAAACGCUUAUGUUUUGAGCUUUUCACAAACGUAGCAGAAAUGUUCAGAGCGCAACCUCUGCUAACAUUGUGUUUAUUUGGAGUGCCAUUAUCAUUUCUUUCAUUAAUAACUUAUUGCAUUUGCUCAACGGAUUUCUCAGUGGAUCAUGAUGAAAUUUAUCCGGAUGAAGAUGAUGAUAGCUUUAUAUCAGAUGACGAGAAUCACCAAAAGGAAGAAUAAAAACUGGAAGUUUGUGGAAUCCUGCAUUAUGAUGAGAGACAUUUUCCGUAAUAAAAUUUGUGGAGAUGAUCAAACGAAGCGUCCUCUGAAGCGAAUCAGAAUUUCAGAAGCUUCAAACAUACGUCUGAUUUAUUCCAUUUGUGCUUGGAUUUUGUUCUGGUUCGGAUUUUGAAAGUGUCUAAAGUUAUCCAUACCUUUUUGAAAAUAACUGUCCUGUAUUUCCUUUAUUAUGCGUAAAGCUUGGUUCAUGUAUCACGUGAUGAAAAGAGUAUUUAACAAAAAAGCGUGUUUCAUCUG